ACUUAUUAUCUAAAAGUACCCUUGUUAACAAAUUUCAGGGAAUCUUUUAGUGGGUUUGAUCAUUUGAAGUGAUAUCUUAAAGAAUUGGUAAUUGAAAAAGACUUUAAUAUUAUUAUUAUUAUCUGAGGUGGUGUUGUGAUAUUGAAUAGGGGAGAGAUUGAAGCAACAUUUGUUAUUGUUUCCAUCAAAAGGGAAAUGGCAUUCUCGAUAGCCACCGUGACCACCGCCCCUUAUGGCUCAUGGAAGUCUCCAAUCACCGCCGAGGUUGUCUCCGCAGCCAUAAAGGGCCUCGCCGGAACCGCCGUCGAUGGCCGUGGCCACCUCAUUUGCCUCGAAAAUCGACCGACGGAAUCCGGGCGAGGAGUCCUUGUUCUUGAGCCGGAAAACACAGGAGAUGAGGCUGUGGAUAUUACUCCUAAGGAGUUUGGAGUGAGAACAUUGGCUCAGGAAUAUGGAGGUGGUGCUUUCACUGUUUCUGGGGAUAUUCUCUUCUUUGUGAAUUACAGUGAUCAAAGAUUGUACAAGCAGUCCAUUAGUUCUCUAAAUGUGCCUCCUGUACCACUCACUCCGGAUUAUAAUGGACCUUUAGUCAGCUAUGCUGAUGGAAUAUUGGAUGCACGCUUUAACCGUUUUAUUAGUGUUAGGGAAGAUCGUCGAGAAAGCAGUCUGAAUCCACCUACAACAAUUGUAUCUAUAGCACUUGGCAUCAAGGAUAUUCAAGAACCAGAAGUUCUACUUAGCGGGAGUGACUUUUAUGCUUUCCCCCGUCUAGAUUCUAAAAGUGAAAGAAUAGCAUGGAUUCAAUGGAAUCACCCCAACAUGCCAUGGGAUAAAACAGAACUUUGGGUUGGCUACAUUUCUGAAAAUGGCAAAAUCUACAAGCGCGUUUGUGCUGCUGGAUAUGAUCCUUCAAUUGUGGAAUCUCCAACUGAGCCCAAAUGGUCCCCUAAUGGGGAACUAUUUUUCAUCACAGAUAGGGAAAAUGGUUUUUGGAAUCUCCACAAAUGGAUUGAGUCCGAGAAUAAGGUUGUUUCUGUUUAUUCUUUGGAAGCUGAGUUUACAAGGCCACUGUGGAAGUUUGGUAUGAAUUCAUAUGAAUUUGUUCAAAGUACUAAACAGAGAAACUUAAUUGCUUGCAGUUACAGGCAACAAGGGAAGUCAUAUCUAGGAAUUAUUGAUGCGAAGGGCUCAAAGCUAACUGUGAUUGAUAUUCCUUGCACAGAGAUAGAUAACAUAACAUCUGGUAAUGAUUGUUUAUACGUUGAGGGAGCAUCUGAGGUUCUUCCAUCGUCAGUGGCCAAGGUGACUUUUGAUGAUGAUAAAUCAAAAGCGGUGGACUUCAAUAUUAUUUGGUCAUCCUCACCGGAUAGUUUGAAGUAUAGUUCCUACAUUAGUAAGCCAGAGUUGAUUGAAUUCCCAACUGAAGUUUCUGGUCAAAAUGCUUAUGCGUACUUUUAUCCACCUUCUAAUCCGGAUUUCCAAGCUAGUGAAGAAGAAAAGCCUCCAUUAUUAUUAGAGAGCCAUGGUGGACCAACUCAAGAAACUUGUGGAAUUUUAAAUUUGAGCAUUCAAUAUUGGACUAGUCGAGGUUGGGCAGUUGUUGAUGUUAAUUAUGGUGGAAGCACUGGUUAUGGCAGGAAGUAUAGAGAACGACUUUUGGGACAGUGGGGAAUAGUUGAUGUCAAUGAUUGUUGUAGUUGUGCUACGUAUUUGGUGGAUAAUGGAAAGGUGGAUAAGGAGCGAUUGUGUAUAAUGGGGGCCUCUGCUGGUGGGUAUACCACCUUAGCUGUUCUUGCUUUCAGAGAAACGUUCAAGGCUGGGGCUUCUUUGUGUGGUGUAGCUGACUUAAACUUGUUGAGAGCAGAAACUCAUAAAUUUGAAUCCCAUUAUAUUGAUAACCUAGUUGGAGGUGACAUUGAGAAAGAGUGCUAUGAAAGAUCCCCAAUCAAUCAUGUUGAUGAUUUUUCCUGUCCCAUUAUUAUAUUUCAAGGAUUGGAGGACAAGGUUGUACCACCGGAUCAAGCUCAGAAAAUAUAUGAGUCAGUGAAGGAAAAAGGCGUGCCAGUUGCUCUUGUUGAGUAUGAAGGAGAACAACACGGUUUUCGAAAGGCUGAGAACAUUAAGUUUACACUUGAACAAGAAAUGGUCUUCUUUGCACGAUUGAUUGGGCACUUUGAUGUUGCUGAUGAUAUUACGCCCAUCAAAAUUGACAACUUUGAUUCAUAAUGGAUUUUAUAGGGGUACUGAUGUUGGAUUUCUUGUAUCUACAUAAAAACAAGCUCUAAGCAAUCUUUGUUCUCAAAUCUAAAUAGUGCUUUGUAGAAAUUCAAGAACUCAGAUGGAAAGUAUUGCACCAAUGAGCUUCUUCUAUUGCAUAACCAUAUAGUAGUCUUCUAUAUAAGAUCUGUGUCAAUGCUCAUAGCAAAAAGUGUGCUAAGUUUCUACUAUAAUUUAUGUUUUGAAAGUGAGCCGAGGAUACUACAAAUAUUUGUUUUCUAGAAUAUGUCUUGCAUGGAUGGGGAAGGGAAUGAUAAACUGAAGUGUUGUUAUAGUAUUAAACUCAUGUUUUGGCAAUAAAGUGCAUUUCUUUUAUCUGAUCCAA